CGGCGCGAUCGGGGAUCGCUUGCUUUGGCCUACCGUUGCCAGCUGCGGCUGCUGAGUGGCAGCAAUGGAGGAAGCGCAGGAGCCGGCAAGAGGAGACGCCACCGAGCGGGUCUCGGCUCCCGCCCCGCCGGCCGAGGAAGGGGGAAUCUCGCUGCACAAUUUCUCCUGGCGUUUAGCGGAGCACCUGGUGAACUUCCACGCCAUGCGCCUGCAGGACUCGCUCUUCCUUUGGGUCGGGGACCGCCCGGAGCUCAGCAACUUGGCCGUGGCCAUGUGCACCCCCCGCGACUCCAUUCCAGCAUCUGCCUUACUUUUUGGCAAUGCUUCCGAUAAUACCUCAAAUUGUUUAGCUCAAAGACUAGCCAGCAAGACUAAAAAACAGAUUUUUGUCAGCUACAACGUUCAGAAUACUGACAACGGCUUCAUACUACUUGUGGAAAAUCGUAUCAAGGAGGAAAUGGCAGCUUUCCCAGACAAAUUUUAGUUUGGGAUAGUCACAUUUUUUUUGUUUAUAUUUGUUUUUUUCAAAGAAGAUUUUUUUAAAAAAAAAUGUCGCUGAGAUAUUUGGGAUGGUAAAAUGCAUUGUUUAAUUGAGCUUCUUUUUGAACUAAUGAAUGAAUCUACAUAUAUAAUGAAAAGGAAAGAAGUAUUCAGCUCUUCAGAUAUUCCUGUUGGGAGAAUAUAGAACUGGAAUAAAUGCUGCAAUAUUUGACAGAUGUUGCCACCUACUGUUUCUGCUUGAUAUGACAUAAAUCUGUUUUGAAUUUUCCAAUCUUAUGUGGCAUCCAAUCAAUGAUAAGAUGAAUCUGUUCAGUGGAAUGUAUCAGUUUUGAAAUGGAUUCAUUGCAGAAUAUAUGCCCAUAGCAAACAAAGUAAAAAAAAAAGUCUUACUGUAUUUUUCGGACUAUAAGAUGCACUCCCUCCCCCAAAAAGUGGGUGGAAAUGUCUGUGCAUCUUAUAGAGCAAAUGUUGCUGAAGCUCACCCACCCACCAGCCCUCACCCUUUGGCUUCUGCCUCCCAGCAAUUUGCUUCCUUGCAGCAAAGAGCAAACAGCCUGGUCAGCUUCAGCACAGCACGAGAAGCUGAUUGGCGGUUGGAUCUGCCUCCUGGAAUACCACUGAUCAGCUGUUCCAGGGUGCAGGGAUUGCUGCCGAUCACCACCCAUCACUGCUGCCACCUAUUGCUGCCUCAGUGCACCCCAUUUUCAGGUUUCCACACAUCCCAUUUUUGGCCUCUGCAUGCCCCAUUUUUGGCCUCCACAUGUCUCGUUUUCGAUCCGUUCCAGGCGGCGGGGAUAGGCGAUCCCUGCCUCCUGGAAUGGUCUGAGAACAGGAUGAGGGGUGGCCAUAAAUGGGACGUGUGAAAGCCUGAAAAUGGAGCAUGCGGAGGUGGCAAUAGGUGGCAGUGAUCCCUGUAGCCUAGAACAGCUGAUCGGUGGUAUUCUGGGAGGCAGAUCCAACCAUUCAGCUGCUCAUGCUAAAUCAGGCUGUGCUGAAGCUGACCAGGCUGUUUGCUGUUUGCUGUUUGCUGCAAGGAGGUAAAUUGCUUGGAGGCAGAGGCAGAUAUUUUUUUUCUUGUUUUCCUCCCCAAAAGCUAGCUGCGUCUUAUACUCUGAAAAAUACGGUAAAACUUAAUAAGUGUAGUCUUAUCAGUCUUAUUAUUCCCUAGCAAUUUUUGAUGGAAUGAUGUGCAAUGGGAUUGACUACUUUCCUAUUGUUUGAGCACUAGUGGUGAGCAGGCUUACAUUUUUUCCAAGAAAUGGGGAAGCAUCUAGGAGAAUAUCUGUGAGAUGAAGCAGAAAAGGAGUCACAGGAUUUUUCUGAGAAAAGUGAAUUUCAAUGUAUAAAGUAAAAUAGCUAGAUGUAGAUUGUAUUACAAAGAAAACCAUUUGUGCUGUCAAAUUAAAAAAAUAAACCAAUAUGUAAUAUU